AUGGAUGGAAUCGGAAUUUUCUCCCUCGAUGGUGUCAGACUCAGGUUGGGGCCCAAAGACAGAAUCAUCUGUACUCCUUGGGGGAUCAGUACAUUGGGACGAUACUAUUUACAGUUGGAUGGAAGUGCGAUGGGUAAUCCCGCUAGUCCAGCUUUGGCUGCACUUGUCAUGGAGGAGGCUGUGAGGGAGUGCUUGGGGCGUUUGAGUUUUGUGGUUCCCUUCAUCGAAAUUUACGUGGAUGACACAUUUCUGGCGAUCCCUAAAGAUAAAUCUGAUGAACUUUUAUCGGUGUUCAAUGGCUUUCACCCGCGCCUGCAGUUCACUAUAGAACAAGAAAAUAAUGGUGUUGUAAACUUUUUAGAUGUUAGAGUGAUCAGGCAGGACAACGGAUCUAUGAAGACACAGUGGUAUUCUAAGCCUACUAGUUCCAAUCACAGAGAAGAAAAUUGGUUGAAGCGUAACAUCAGCGAAAUGAUUCAAAUCAAAUUAAAUGAUACUGUCAACAACAGAACGGACACACAGAAUCUGAGCUCCAUUUACGCAAAUAUCUUACACAGCUACAAAUUGAAUGUUAAUCUGCCUUGA